GUUCGAUCGGUCGAUGGAGGAAGGUCGAUCUCAGUAUCGAUCCAUUUGUCGAUCUCACUACCGAUCGCACUAUGGAAUUCACUGUCGAUCGAUCUCAUGGCUCAAGCCAUUUGUAGCUCAAGGGAGAGGCCCGAGAGGAGCGAGCGGCCGCCGAGCCGCGGCCGCGCAGAGGCCGAGCUGGCACAGGUCCCCGCAUGCGCGCGGUGCAGGCGGCCAAGGAGGAGGCGGAGGCAGCAGGCGCAGCGCCCGACCCGCCAUUCACGCGGGAGGAGUUCGACAAGCUCCUGGCCGAGAACAAGACGCUGCGGGCCGAGAAUGCCAAGCUGAAGGAGUCCAAGACGGUCGAUGGCGGCAAGGGUGUGCCCGCCGUGGGGUUAGGCGACGAGCUCCAAGCAUUGCCCACGGAAAAGUACGAGGGCUUUUUUGAUCCUGGCGACAAGGGCCGAGUAUCUUCGGAACCGUAUAUCGGUGACGAUGGCAAGCAGAGGUUCAAGGUCACGUGGUACCGCACCGGCAAGACCUCGACCCGUGUUGCGGAGGGCUGGAUGAGAUCCUUCAGGUUUGCCGAUGAGAGUGAUACGGAGCACGUCAACGCCGAGAACAAGAAACACAUGGAGGACGCCGUAAAGGACGUCACGAAUCAGCCGGCCGGCAAGCCGAUCGAGCUCAUCAGCGGUCAGCCCAAGGCGGCGGCCAUGGGGCUGUACCACUUUAUGAGGGUCAGCGAUCCUUUCGCGGAGGAUAGCGCGAACAAGGUCGAGAAGGAGAUCACGCAAUUCGUGCAGAAGCUUAGGGAGUACGCGAUGAUAUUGGGCUACCACAACGACGUGCCUGAGCAGCGAGAGCACAUUGAGCACAUCUACGGGAAGGAAAGCGUCGCCGAGGCCAAGGAUGAGAUCGACUACUUCAGGAAGGUGGCGCGUCUCCCCGACGACUCGACCGCUUUGGCCGUCGCGUCGCGCGUUGAGGAAGAGACCCUCGGGAAUAUCAAGUACAUCUUAUACGAGAAGGCCAGUGAGGUGUUCGUUGCGGGCCCAGACGGCAUACGCGACAAGGGCCGUGGCCCAGUAGGAAUCCAGGAUUUCAUGAAGAACAAGACUGUUGCAGACGCAGAGCUGACAUUGGCCCAUGUCGUUGCGCUGCGGUUCUACACGACACCAGGGUACAAGUAUCUGAACUCACCGUUUCGGAACCAGGACCGGUACUAUCACAAAAACAAGCAGCACCCCAUGCCCAUCACAAUGGCGUACAUCUCGGAGGGCAUCAAGAAGCUGCGCUCCGCCUACGCGGUCAAGGUCGAGGAGGGCCAGGCAAGCACGCACAUGGUUCUCUGGCGGGGCCUCAGGAACAUGUACAUGCCGGACGACUUCCUCCUGAACCGGAAGGGCGGUACCGAGCUGGCGCCCAUGUCCACCACGACCGAUAUUCAGGUGGCGGCGCGCUACGCGUGCAGCGGCGAGUCGGUCCUGCUGAAGAUCUCCCUGGACAACUUCAUGCAGUACGGGGCGGAGCUCGGCUGGCUCUCGGCCUUCCCGGGCGAGGUGGAGGUGCUCUACCCGCCCCUGACCUACUUGCAGCCCACGGGCAAGCCGCCCCAGGUGGUGGAGCUGAGCACCGGCGUCAAGUUCACUGUGCACGAGGUAACGCCAACCAUCCCAUGAGUGCCAGCGUGUGUGCUCGUGAGUGUUCCGGGCUGUUGUGCGGCUCGCUCCAACAUGUGCCUCUAGUGAUGCAUACGUGCAUGUAUUUCAGAUGCGUCCUGUUUACACCCAACUUCGUGACGCUUCGCAGUGCAGUGAUCAUUGCAUUCCCGAGCGGAGGCAGGUUUUCUGCAUGACCGAGUCGAGGAGCGAUGGGGCGCUCAGGCACGGCAGCUUGCGCUAGGGGCGUGCAUAACAGCCCCGUGCCCGCAGAGCCUCGAUCAUUGGCGCAGGGCAAGCGCAUCGGACUUUGCCGAUCGCACGCGUUUUACCAAUCUGUUACGUUUCAUUUCUGGCCCCCCUCGGCGUGAAGACCAUGCCAGGGCGUCGUGCCAGCAGUACGUGUCUCACGGCUUGUUCUGUGGUACUGUUUUGAUGCUCCUGGCAGUUGGGGCUUGUUUGCACCGCAGCGCCAGGCACGUCACCAGGAUCUGAUGAUCCCUGCUCACCAAGGAAUCCGAUUCGAGUUUGGAAUAGUUUUGUCUGCUCGAUCUGUUUUCCAAUGGACUUGCGCCUUCUGACCAAACUGUACGCCGUCAGGCUUAAGCAUGCCAGCGACACAGUUUGUGCCUCACGCAAGAAAAAAAAACUGUCGAUCGAUCUCACGAUCGUGCUCCUAUUCACACCAAAUUUUCAAACCAUCCGCUGAUUGAGGCUUUCUCGGGAG